AUGCCCUUCUUCUCCGGCGGCGGCGGGGCCCGCUCCGGCGCGCUCCUCUCCCGAGCUCCGCCGCCAACCGGCGACCCGCACGGCUGCCUCGCCUGGCUGGACGCCCACCCAGCUCGCUCCGUGGCGUACGUGAGCUUGGGCACGGUGGCGUCCCCGUGCCCAGACAAGCUCCGGGAGCUGGCGACAGGACUGGCGUCCUCCGGCCCGCCGUUCCUGUGGUCCCUGCGGGAGGGCUCGUGGCCGCUCCUGCCCGCGGGGUUCCUGGCCCGCGCUGCGGCCGCCGUCGGCAGGUCUGGGCUCGUGGUCCCCUGGGCGCCGCAGGUGGCCGUGCUGCGCCACGCGAGCUCCGGCGUGUGCGGGACUGCCGAGCUCCCCCGCGGCCGCGUGGGUGAGGGCCGCGAGCUCCGGCGCGUGUUGGGCCGCUGA